UAUAAAAAGUGUGAAAAUGUUGCAGAUAAUUUAUUUUGAAUUGUCAGCAUAAGUUUAGAGUGCCGUGUAUUUUUAUAAAAAUGUUUUAUUGCAAUCAUUAUAUUAUUAUUAUCUGACGAGAUUUCAUUGUAUUUAACACUAUCUUUUCAUCAAUUGCCUUAAUAUUAUCAAUAUGUCUUUUAAAUCGAUAAUAAACAGCAAAUUAUCUAAGAGACUAUUGAACAGUCAAAUUGUAAAAUUUUUUGGAACUACUGCUAACUCGACUGAACCAGUACUGACAGUGAAACAAGGAAAGCUAAAGGGCGCAGUAGAAAAGAUUUACAAUGGUGACCAGUAUUUUAGUUUUAAAGGCAUACCAUACGCCACACCGCCAAUUGGAAAAUUAAGAUUUUCGGCACCUCAAGCACCACAAUCAUGCCAAGGUACACUAGACGCUACAGAACAUGGUCCCGUGUGCCCCCAAUAUGACAUAAAUAUGAGACAAUAUACAGAAGGAGACGAAAACUGUCUAUUUCUAAAUGUCUACACAAAGUCCCUACAAUCAAAUUCUAAAUUGCCAGUCAUGGUUUACAUACAUGGCGGAGGUUAUGUUUCAGGGUCUGGAGAUUCAAAUUUCCUAGGCCCGCAAUAUUUCCUACAACACGAUAUUGUGUUAAUCACAUUUAACUACAGACUUGAAGUACUAGGUUUCUUGUGUUUGGACACUCCUGAAGUCCCUGGAAACGCAGGUUUGAAAGAUCAAUUAGCGGCUUUAAGAUGGGUGAAGGAUAAUAUUCGACAUUUUGGAGGCGAUCCUGACAAUAUCACUUUAUUUGGAGAAAGCGCUGGUGGUUCUUCAGUGUUAUAUCAUUUGCAGAAUCCAAGAACAGAAGGUUUAUUUCAUAAGGCAAUUGCGCAAAGUGGAGUGCAUUUGUCGGAUUGGGCGCAAGGUACAGAUGGCAGAAGCAGAGCGUUUAAAGUAGGAAAGACUUUAGGAAAAGAUACGAAUGACACAUCAGAACUGCUUGAAUUCCUCCGUGGGGUUCCAGCUAUUAAACUCACUAAAAUGACAACAAAUGUAUUGAUGAAUGACGAAAAACAUAGAGGGUUGCCACUUCAUUUCGUACCUGUAGUAGAAAAGAAAUUUGAAAACGUAGAACCGUUCAUCACUGAGAAUCCAUUGAGUUCUGUUGUGCACGGCAAAUUACGAAAUUUACCAUUAAUAGUUGGUUACAAUUCUUCUGAAGGUAUUGUCGUACUUGGAGAUCAAAUAAAAAAGAAAGAAUUUUACAACAAGAACCCUCAUUACUAUUUACCAAGGGAAGUCGCCAGACGUCUGUCAGAGGAGAAACUCAAAGAAUUUGGCGACAAAGUGAAGAAAUUCUAUUUUGGAAAUGAAGACAUUGGUCCAGAAAACCUUCAAAGUUUAGUCAAUGUUAAUUCUGACGUUUUGUUUGUGUACAAUAUUCACAGGUUUCUUAACUUAUAUUCUCAGCUUAAUAAAGACGUAUUCAUGUACGUAUUUGAUACUGUCACAGAGUUGAACAUAGUGAAGCAAAUGUCUGGUUUUCCUCAUGCUAAAGGAAUGUGUCACGCUGAUGAUUUGUUCUAUUUUUUCCAUUCUAUUAUGACCAGCGACUAUUAUGAAGAGCAGGAAAGAUUGAGAGAUAUUGUUUUCAAGGUGACAAAGUUGUGGGUGGACUUUGCUAAAAAUAGUAAUCCAACACCCGAGGGUUCGAGCGUCACUUGGCCGAGAUACACUCCUGUUAAAAGGGACUUCUUAGUUAUCAAUGAGACUUUCAGAACUGACCAGUUCCCUCACAAGGACAGAGUUGAUUUCUGGGACAAACUUUACGAGGAAGCUGGACUACCUAAUAAGAUUAAUGUUAAGAGUAACUUGUAGAUAGCCUAUGACUUCUGUCUGUUCGUAUUUGUGGGACAUAAUUGCGUACGAUACAAUUGUUGGUCAUUUCACAUCUUUAGCAAAAGACCGUUUUAAAAUGAUAAAAAAAAACAUUUUUGCGUUACUUUUUUCUGUUUGUCAUCAACUGAAAUAUGGUCAAACAUUUUCGUUUCACCCUGUAUAAACGGUGAUAAAAUAUUAAUUACUCGAUCUAAAUCCUUUGAUAUCAAUAAAAUUGUUUUACAGCUUUCAAUUACUAAUACCAGAAAUAGAGACGAAAUGUCAUUUAAUUUGUUUGAAAACUAU